GGUACUUGAGGACCAGGGUUGAUAUAGCCUAAGCUCAUUUAACAUUUGAACGUGUUGGUAGACCAGCUGUUGUAGUCUAUUGGGUGCUUUAAACGGGCCUUAAAAUAACUGCAUCCCUUGGUGAUAACGGAUAGCUUUAACUUCUUUAGUGACGCAUAUUUUCCUAAAACAACAAUGAUAAAUGGGGUGAAAACGUUUGGUAUGUGAGGGGCCUCUUGGACAAAAGAAUAGAUUAGUUAAAAUCCAUGCCCCUCGAUUAAGACUGAGUUUAAUUUACAAAUGGUUCAGGUUCAUAGAAAUCCGUAGGGGGGGGGGACUGGUCACUCAGAACAGAGCAUGCAAAGGGGCCUAGCUGCAACUUGACAUGUUUUCAGAGCCCCACCCCAGACGUUUACCACCUUGUCCAGGUAUGAAAGGAAAUCGUUAACUUGGAAUGCACACUUACUGCUAGCCUAUAUUGUUCCUGCAGUACAUUUAUAGAGGUCUGAGACUACAUUAUUACAGAUCCACGGAGGAAGGUUGAUACAUCAGUGCUCAAGGUGACUAUACUUAACUCUGCAACAACCGAGAUUUAACAUGGCUGAGAACUUUGGAACUUAUCAAACUCACCAAGUUCCCCCGAGCGGCGCAGUUCAUCGAAGAAGAUACCAGAAGGGAACGACCUAUCUGGCCCUGAUCACACAAGUCCUCCAAGACUCUCCUGACAGGAUGCUCACAUUUACUGAGAUGAUGCAGAAGAUUAAAUUAAUUGUAUCGGGAGACAGAAAGGGACUUGAGAACAACAUCCGAGUCUGCUUAUCAACCAACAGCUGUUUUAUUAAGGUUCCAAUGCGCACAGACAUGCCACUUGCCAAGAAAAACUACUGGAAAGUCGACGAAAGUCGAAUUACGGAGAAGAUGGUACGACGCCACUUCAAAGGCAUACUUGAACAAUCCCCCGUGUUGUCUUCCACAGUGAAAAUUGAGAACAGACCAGUCGAACUCUGCGUUACGGACUCGCCGACCCCUGCAGCCCACCACGCUCAAAAGAAACACGAGAUGAAGUUCAGCAGUUCUUUCUCCAUCGAAUCACUGCUGAGGAGAAACUGUCCUACCCACCUUGGCCCUAGACACGCUCCACCGUCGGUUGUGUGCAGCGCAUCCGUCAGGGCAGAGCAGCUCCCAUGGCGAGAAGAGAGAGCAGUUGGAAUGAAGAGGAGGUUGAGCUGGGACUGCCCACCUGUUCAUACGCACUGUGUUCCCCGCGCUGCUGAUAGUUACUGCAUCUAUACAACAGGAGGCGACAUAGACCGUGGUUUCCAUGCUUACAGUGCGAGGCCCACCACGAGGGUGUGUGUUGAGUCCAAUAUUAGAUCUAUGGCUGAGUACACUAAAUCAUCCCUUUCUCCACAUUUCAUGAUUGGCACACAUAUCCGUUGUGCGCAAUAUCCUGCCUCUGAAUAUGAUUAUGAUGUUCAACAUUUACGUUUGUGAAGAUCAUCAACUUUUUAUUGAGCACUGUUUUUUAAUGUUAGGUUUAUUUUGUAUUGCAUUUUUAUCGUGAUUAAAUGAUUUUGGCAAACGUUAAA